AUGAAACCAAAAUCAUCUCCCGCCAUGACUCCUCUCCAGAGACUGGCAAUGCACUCAACGAGCACCUGCGCAUCCCAAGCCUCCGCGUAUGGCAAAUGCAUACUUGCGACAUACACGGACGUGAAGAAGGAUGCGUGUAAGGAGGAGUUUUCAAAGUUUGGCGCGUGUCUCCGAGAAGCGGUAUGUAUCAGACUGCGUGUUGCGUGA